AUCAACAAGGUUAUUUCCGUCAGCAUUAGAAGGUCAUCUGUCCAAAGUUUAUCCAAAUAAACUAAUAUCGAUAACUUCUCGAUGGCAAUUCAUCGAUAACUAUCGAUUUUAUCGAUAAAACGGCCCAGAACCAUAUUGUUGAAACACUUUACACUUCGUCUUUUACCCUUUUGUUCAAAAUCACCAGAUCCAAGUGAAAUCUUUAGUUAUUAAUAUUUAUUUUAAAAUGUUGAUAAAUGAACUUCCCGACGAUUGUUUGCUCGCCAUUUUUGACCAAAUCAAUAACCUGCAUCAUUUAAUAGCCUGUUUUAAAGUGUGUCACAAAUGGAGUCAUUUGAUUGCUAAACGAGCUAAAAAAGUUAAAUAUUUUAGAGAUUAUCGUGCUCGUAGACCUGAUUAUUCACCUGAUUAUGUUUAUUAUAGAGACAGAGAUCUGAUUGAUGUAGCCGGUUUGAGCUCAUUAUUUCCAAAUUUAAUAAUUGCUGCAUUUUCUAAUAGAUUCCAAAGUGAAGUAAAAUUUGAAGAUAUUAUUGCAUCUGUCAGAAAACAUGAGCCUUUGAAAGAAAUGAUCACUUCAUGUCGUUUAGCAAUGGAAGGAUGUUGUGAUAAACUCAAAAUGCUAGCCACCGAGUGUAGUGAGCCACGCAUUCUACGAAAUUGUUCCAGUAUGAAACUAUUGCGUAUUUUUGGUACUCUAGAUGAUCUCAAAGAGGACGCACAAUAUUUGCCAAAUCUUGAAAGACUACUACUUCUUAUUAAUGGCAGUUACUUCGAUGGUCUAGUAUUGGAAAAGCUCAAAGUGGUUGUAAUGUCCUCAAAUGUUUUCAAUCUUGGUGCGAAUUUUUACGGCUUCCAGUUUAUGGAUUUAUGUCCGAAUUUACAAAGUGCCCAUAUAACCAUUAAUUCUAGUACAGUGCUUGUUGAUGAAACAUUAAAACACGAAUCUUUGCAAGAUUUAGUGAUACAUUGCGAACAUUAUGGCCAAAUCUGCGACGAUCUAGAAAGAGUUCUUAUGAAAUAUCCGAAUCUCAAACAUCUUGCGUUGAGGAGACUAAUAAACUUAAAAGAUGAACAUAUCAAGCAAUUGGUUGACAUUUUACCCAAUCUGGUUAUAUUUGAUGUUCGCGGAUGUCGUGGAGUCACUCAAAGAGCUGCUAAUUAUGUCCAAAAUUGUUUUGAACGAAAUGGAAGAUCAACCAAAUUUUACUUCAAUGGGAAUCACGAUGAAAUCAAACCAGAUUGGCCUCAGUUGUACACUAAACGACAACAAAUUUGCCGAGGCUUUGACUUCAUGGAACGUUUCUUUCUUAAAUAUCGCUCGAUAAUAGGUCGUGAUCGCAGAUUGAAAAUCAGAUACACGUGAAUAAUAUCUAUUGUCUAAUUUAAAAAGUUGUCUCUGUGAUUAAAGAAACGG